CAAACUUACAACUCUGCUGAGUUAAUCCUUUAACAGCGAUAUAUCGAUAUAUGACCGGAAAAUAAUGUCAUAUCUGCCUGAAAAGUGCAGACUCACUAUACAUUCGGAAAUCAUUCUUAUAGGACAUAAAAACGAAUUUCAGGAUGAAUAAUAAAUGUGAAAAUAAUGAUUUGGGAUCUCCAGUGGCCGAGGAUGCCUCCGAAUUAGUAGGAAGUUCCUCACAUGGACGCAUUAGCCCUGGAGGAUCUGGUGGUCAGACGGAAGACCCUAAGCCUGAUAUCACUGAGUCGAAUGGCACUAAUGAAGAUGUUCCUAAGACUGCUGAUCCUAAUACUAGUAAAUCUGAAGGUGUCGAUCCCGAAGCAGGGAAAUUUACUGCCCAGCCAAGGAACGAGAAUAGAGCUCGCCGCAGAGCACACUCCGAAGAUCUAAAUUACGAUCCGUACCCCAUGAGGAGGGCCUGUCAAGAUCUCCCACCUGAAGCUUUUGAACAGCUUUUGAGGCAUUUAGAAAAUUAUCUUAAGAAAGAAGAGGCUGCUCAAGAAGAAACCGAUGUAAAUCGCGGUGCUGAAGUUGACAAUAAGGAGAAUGCUCCCCCGACUGAAGUCGAGCAACGCGAGGAAGAUGAAGUCGAUGAGGAUCCGAAGACGAGUGAUUAACGCGAACCCCAAAAACCCGAUUAAGGGGUUCGAAACCAACUAUGAAUACCUACGAAUAUUAAAUUGAAUACAAAUUUGAUAUAAAAUAGUUGGUUCCGAAUGAUAACUUACAAAAUAUACACAUGCCAUGACUAUGCACCAAGCAAUAAAAUCGUCCUUUCUAUGUUUGGGCGUCUAUAAAAUUCCCUUUUCACAUGAAUUUUUAUGUAAGAAACAAAAUAUGUAUGCGGAAAAGCAAU